CUGAAAGAGAAUUUGUACAAAUGAAAAGAAAUGUAAGAUUGGACAUUUGGACACAAUUCAUGAAAACCAUCAAAUUUGGUCUCUUUCUGCGCUAAAACCACAAUUCGCGCUUUCUGGGGAUGGAGUUGGCGUGCUCAUCGUGCUCCUCUCCUCAGAUUUCAUCUGCAUUUAAUAACAGAAGAGUUCUUCCUCCAUUUUUAUGGAAAUUCACCUCCAGGCCCACCCACAAAGCUGCGAACUUUGCCCUAUUCAGACCUUCUUCCUCAGCUGCGGUUCAGCGUUCCAGAACCUUCUCUAAAACUGCUCCACUCAGACCGUGCAGUCGCAGCUCCAUUAGGGCGUUCUCUCAAGCUGGGGCUGCCGGACCUGAUGCAGGGUUCAAUAAAAUUUUACAGUUCCAAGAUGCAUUUUCGAGAUUUUUAAGGCCACAUACCAUACGUGGAACAACACUGGGGUCUAUAUCGUUGGUAGCAAGAGCUAUAUUUGAAAACCCAGAUCUUGUGAGUUGGUCAUUGUUACUCAAGGCGCUCUAUGGACUUUUUGCUCUCAUUUGUGGCAAUGGUUAUAUAGUGGGCAUUAAUCAGAUAUACGAUGUUGGAAUUGACAAGGUAAACAAGCCUUAUUUGCCUAUAGCUGCAGGAGACCUUUCGGUUCAGUCUGCAUGGAUCUUGGUGAAAUUGUUUGCUGUGGCAGGACUAGUGAUAGUUGGGAUCAAUUUUGGUCCAUUCAUAUGUUCUCUUUAUGCUCUUGGUCUAUUCCUUGGAACCAUCUACUCUGUGCCUCCUUUUCGCAUGAAGAGAUUCCCAACUCUAGCAUUUCUUAUAAUCGCUACGGUGCAAUUCUCCCUGAUUUGAUUUUUCUCAGUGGUUCUUACGUGGCAAAUACUCAUGCGCUUUUGGAAAAAUUAGAAAGAUAUCAGCCUAUGUAGAGUCAUUUCUGAAUAUAUGUUAUUGGUGAAUGAACCAAAAAACGUGGUAACUCAUAAAAUAGCUAUCUUUACAAUACUGACUGUUUUUUGAACUGCAGGUGAGAGGUUUUCUUCUUAAUUAUGGUGUUUAUUAUGCCACAAGAGCAGCUUUGGGGCUAAGCUUUGAAUGGAGUUCACCUGUGGCUUUCAUUACAGCUUUUUUCACCGUAUUUGCUUUGGUUAUUGCCAUAACUAAGGAUCUUCCAGACGUAGAAGGUGAUCAAAAGUUUCAAAUUUCAACUUUCGCUACAAAUCUUGGUGUGAGAAACGUAGCACUUUUGGGCUCUGGGCUUUUGUUGGUUAAUUACUUUGGUGCUGUAUUGACUGCAAUUUACAUGCCUCAUGCUUUUAACAGCAGGUUCAUGAUACCAAUACAUAUCAUACUGGCUCUGUGUUUAGUUUUGCAGGCGCGGUCUUUGGAAAAAGCAAAUUAUACUAAGGAAGCAAUUUUUGGCUACUACCGAUUCAUAUGGAAUCUCUUCUAUGCAGAGUACUUUUUCUUCCCAUUCAUCUAAAUCAAUACAUAAAUUAGUGUUCGCUUCGUUGGCAUUGGUAAAAUUUUAUUACCUGCGGUUAGCGGAGGAAGUGUGCAUUUAUAAGCAAGAAAAUGGAGCUUCAAAGUUAGGCAUUAAAGAUGCAGAAGAAAAAAACUCAUCUGGGAGUAGUUGAGAAUUGGGAGCUUGUUACUUGUUGUAGAUGCAGUAAAUAGACAAUGUAGUUGUUUCUCUGUGUUUAUAAGCUUUAAUUUAUAAAUCAACUGAUGACAUGUUUUUGUAUGCUUAUAAGCUGACUUAUAAGUUGAUUAAAAGCCGGGAAAAGUAAGCAAGCUUGACAUACCUUAUUUUUAAGCCAAUUUUUCAUUUCUUUGUUUUGAUCAGAUUAUUUAUAAAGCUAUCCUCACCAU